AUGGAGGGAGUCGGCGCUGUCGCAAACGUCGUCGUCAACCUGUCUGUUAAAGUCGCCACGCUCUGCUCUCAGUAUGCCGAAGACGCCAGGAGCGCCAGGAGCGACAUCGAGGAGCUGCGCGACGAGGUGACGACGCUAAGAAGAGCCGCCAAAUCAGCACGCCGCCUGAUCAAGGAUCAACAUGGCGCCAGCUUGGAGGCCUCUCGAGACAUGGAGGACGCCCUUCGGGAAAGCCUCAAUGUGCUGCGAAAAUUGGUGGAGAGCCUUCAGUAUAGCACUGGUCGCAGGUUUAUGAGGCUGUUUCGCAUCAGGGUGUUGAGAUGGCCAUUGAAGAGGAGGGACGUUAAUCAGAAGAUUAAACGGAUUAGGAGAUGCACGAAAAGGAUCAAUUUGGCUCUUCAGGUCUAUCAAACGUACACCAUGGUCUCUAUGGAACAGCGCAUGCUCAUGCACAUGUUGCCUACUGCACUGGGUGCACUGUACGACUCACGCGAAGAAGAAGAUGGCGCUACUUGUUUGACGGGUACCCGAGUUGAGUUACUUCGAGACAUAGAUGAUUGGGUCAACAGUCGGAAAGCUCCCACCGUCUUUUGGCUCAACGGAAUGGCCGGCACCGGAAAGUCGACAAUAUCCCGGACUUUUGCAGCAACUGCAGCUAUGCAUCGAUAUCUAGGUGCUACAUUCUUUUUCAAGAGAGGCGAGAUCGACAGAGGGAACAUGUCCAGGUUCUACACAACCAUCGCCUACCAACUUGUUCGCUCCAUGCCUGACCUCGUCCCGCACAUCAGAGCAGCUAUCGACGGAACACAUUCCGUCACAGAAAUGUCCGCCGAUAAGCAGUUUGAAAAACUCAUCUUGCAACCUUUGAUGCGUGUCCGAAAUAGGAAUAGGACAACUCUUGCGAUCGUCGUGGACGGCCUGGAUGAGUGUGAUGGGCAUGACGACGUGCGGCGCCUGAUUACUCUCUUAUCUGACUUUAAAGAUGUCAAAAAUUUCCGCAUCAGAGUUCUCAUUACGAGCCGAACAGAACUACCGAUUCGACUAGGUAAUCACGACGGUCGGGACCAUCACAGGAAUUUCGUGCUUCACGAGAUAUCAGAAACUGUUGUCGAACACGACGUUGAGAUUUUCCUAAAGUUCAGGCUCGAUCAAAUCAGGAGGAACUACAACCGCUCAGUCUCAAGGGACAGACAUCUACCAAAGGACUGGCCUGGGCCAAGAGAUACGGCAACACUCGUCCGGAUGGCUGGCCCGCUCUUCAUCUUUGCCACCACAGUCUGUCGAUUCCUCUCGGACAGGAGAUGUGGCAAUCCCAGAGAACAGCUACGAAAAGUAUUGAAGUACAGGACGAGGAGUCAAGAAGCCAAAAUGGAAGCGACUUAUCUCCCACCACUGGAGCAACAGUUGGCGGGACUCUCCAACAGUGGAAAGGGACAAGUCCUGGAUGAUUUCCGAACCGUUGUUGGGACCAUUGUUCUUCUCGAAACGCCGCUCUCAGCACCCGCUUUGGCCCACCUCCUUGAUGUCCGAGAAGACACAGUUCAUGCGAGAUUGGACGUGCUCCAUUCCGUGCUGAACGUACCACAAUCUCCAGACUCCCCCAUCCGGUUACUCCACCUAUCCUUUCGAGAUUUCCUAACUGACCCUGAGAGAAAAGGAACCGAUGAGUUCUGGGUGGAUGAAAAGUACUGGAACGGCCAUAUUACCUCAUGCUGCCUUCGCAUCAUGAACGAUGCCCUGGAAGAAGACAUUUGCGGCCAGGUUCACCCAGGUGCUGAUCGCUCAAGCUUACGACGGGGACAAGUGGAUUCGUCUAUCCCACCGGAAUUGAAAUAUGCUUGCCGUUUCUGGGCUCAUCACAUGCAGAAUGCGGAGAGGAGCUUCUACCGCGACCAAGAGAUCUACAACUUUCUGUCCAGCCAUUUUCUUCAUUGGAUAGAGGUCCUUAGCCUCAUUGAAAGGCCUGCCGAGAGCUAUCACAUUUCGAAAAGCCUCCAAGUAUUUCUACAUAAUACACCCUGUUCCGAGCUUGGCCAGCUCUUGAAAGAAGCCCCCAGCUUUAUCCAGAGGAACUUGGCCAUCAUCGAAUCACACCCACUCCAGUUAUACUCUUCCCUUCUCAGCAUCACCCCAGAGAACAGUGUGAUGCGGAGACUCUUCUGGGGCGAAGGUCCUUCAUGGGUAUCCCUUGUUCCAGCCCCCGACUCUCACUGGGGCCAAGUCCAAUACACCUUGGAAGGCCACAAGGGAACCGUCAACGCUGUUGCUUUCUCUCCGGACUCUUCUCUCCUGGCUUCAGCCUCAUCAGAUCACAAUGUCAGGAUCUGGCGUGUGGAAACAGGUGAAUGCAUCCGAGAAUUUCAGAGACAUAAACGCCCUGUAAGGGACGUCAAGUUCUCACCCGACUCGGCGCUCAUAGCAUCCAAAUGCGACGAGUCUAUCCGGAUCUGGAAAAGCGAUACGGGUAUACAACUCGAGAAUCUAGCCAUUCAUGGGAAUCACAGAGAAUGCCCAGUUGAGUUUUCACCAGACUCUAAACUUCACCUUCAUUCCGAGUCCGACGACACAGUCCUUGUCCGCUGGGUUGAGACGGGCGAAGUCGUGCAGAGCAUCACGACCCCUUACAGUGGCAGGAGCCGCGCCACUUUGACACAGUUUUCUCCAGACGGCGCAAUUCUGGGGUCAAUACAUGAAGACAAAACCGUCAAGAUCUGGGAAAUCGCGACGGGCAAUUGUCUGCACAUUCUCAGCGGUUUCGCAAGCGAAGUAAAGGCCAUGUCCUUCUCUCCAGACAUGCGUCUAGUCGCUUCAGGGUCUGCCGACAAGAUGGUGCACAUCUGCUCCAUCAGCUCUGGAAGCAAUCUCCCUCUAUCAGACGAAAGCAGACACCCCAUUCAAGCCAUGGUGCUAUCUCCAGACGGUUCCGUCGUUGCAUCCUUCUCCGCAAACAGAGAGCUGGCCCUGUGGAGGAUAGAUACCGGUGUUUGC